CUACGACUCAUCAAGAUUCAAGGCCGAUGCGGUGCUUUUUGGUGAAUGACUCGACCUUGGGAUUCGCCUUCACCAAAGCCACUCAGAACUGAUUGAUCUCGCUCCUGGUGUCGCGCGCGUAAGCUUCCUCCUCUCCCAUCACUCGCACGACCGCCCCGGCACUCGUCUGUCAUCCAUUCAUCAUGUCAACGCCGGACGACAAGCUCACGCUGGACAUCAGCAAGAGGGAAGGAACCAUCAAUCUCGGAGCUGGUCCAUCCUCUCUCCCUACGUCUGUCCUGCUAGAAGCCGCACAAGGCAUCUUGGAUUUCUCUAGCACAGGCAUGGGCCUAACCGAGCUGUCGCAUCGAUCGGGCACAUUCAAAAAGGUCAUCGAGUCAGCCGAAGAGGAUCUGAGAAAAUUGUUAGACAUUCCAGAAAACUACGCCGUGCUCUUUAUGCAAGGCGGAGGAACUGAACAAUUCAGCGGGACGGCGUUGAAUCUGUUGGCUAGUCACGCUAUCGCACAUCCAGACUACGUCCAGCAACACAAUGGACAGGGGCCUGCGCUGGACUAUGCCGUUAGCGGAAGCUGGAGCGCCAAGGCUCUCAAAGAGUCCAAGAGGCUCGGCGGCAACGCCAAGGCCGUCUUCGACUCUCGCAAGCUGGAAGGUUCAGACGGAAAGUUCGGCAUCAUUCCCCCCACGUCGACGUGGCAGCUGAGCGGAGUGGAUGGCUCAGGCAAGGUUGCGAGCAAAGAUGAAUUGCCAGCCAUGCUGUAUUACUGCGACAACGAAACGGUGGAUGGGGUGGAGUACACUCCCGCUUUCCCAAUCGAUCAAUUACCCAAGGAAUAUGCUCAGAACGUACCCAUCGUGGCCGAUUGCAGUUCCAACAUUCUCUCUCGCAAAAUCGACAUUGCAGCUCAUUCCAUUGUCUUUUUUGGAGCUCAAAAGAAUGUCGGGCCGGCAGGCGUGACCAUCGUCAUCGUCAAGAAAGAUCUGAUCGCUCGAGAUCCCGAUGAAGGAGUUUCGAAUGGAGGUCCAAGGAUCCCGACUACGCUGGCAUACAAGCAUCAUGCAGACGCAAACAGUCUCUACAAUACACCCCCAAUGUUUGCCAUCUACGCAUCAGGUCUCGUGUUCGCCGAUCUGCUCAAAAGUAAGGGCGGAGUCGUUGGAGCAUCUCAACGCGCGGACAUGAAGAGCAGAGCAGUGUACGACGUGAUCUCGAAAAGUCAGGGUGUCUUCGCUGCGACGGUCAAGGAUCCAGCCAGCAGGAGCAGGAUGAACAUCUGUUUCAGAAUAUUGGCACGCGACGGAAAGACGCCAAACAAUGAGCUGGAAGAGAGGUUCAUUAAGCGAUGCAGAGAAAAGGGCAUCGAGCAGGUCAAAGGUCACCGUUCCGUCGGAGGGAUCAGAACCAGUCUUUACAACGCCGUCUCCCCCGAGCAGACGCUUGUUUUGGUUGAUGUCAUGAAGGCCUUUGCGAAAGAAGUCCAAGACGAAAGGCGAGCCUGAAGGCGCUAUUCUUUGGAAUCAGAAACCACUGACAUGUUGUCAUGAAUGCAUGCUUGUCGAUAGAGCGCAGUGGUUCAGCCAUUCGGUCUGUGUAUACAACGCUCAGAGGAGCAUGCUUUUGGGAAGUUGCGUCGUGUAGGGAAAUGGGAAUAGCAGAGGUUCGCAGGUCGCGUAAUAGGCUCGAUUGGGCAGAGGUAGCUG